AUGCCAGCAAUUCCCUUUGUUGCCUCUUUACUAGACCAUGUUCUUGUGCAUCGUGAUACUGCAUCGCCCCCUAACAUGACAGUGGCCGUAAGUCCAUCUCUCGAGGUUGUUUGCGCUUGGCCGGUUUCCGGUCAAUAUGGCCCGGGGACCCGAGUCUUAUACUAUGUCUUGGUUGUAGCCUGCGUGUUCGCUCGCAAAGUGGAAUGGAUUCGGAACGCUUGUCUGGCCGCUGUGUUACUUUUCCCCGCUAUCGCGGCUCUUCAUGGGAUUGUUCUUGCUGUGCUUCAUGUUGAGGGCGCUGUCGAUAUGGACGUUUACGGGGCGUUCCAGCUGUGCUCAAUCGGCAUCUUGACUGCUCCAGCGACCGUCAGGCUGUCCAAAACCUACUUCAACAACCCCGGUCGGGACAUCAUCUUUCUGUGGACAGUCCUUCUCCUGGUUGGGCUAAUAAGCUUGAUUGUGGAAUUCAUGCGCCUCGAACCCACUCGUUGCCCAAGUGAUGACCCGGCAAGCAUUCACUGGGCCAGGACAAGGGGCCCAAAUGGUGGUGAAUUUAAAUUUGACUCCAACUGUGGCCUCCUUUGUACCGAAAAUGAUCCAAUUUCACCGUUGCGACGAGGCGCAGCGGACAAUAUCUACGUUAUUCCAGUGCCUAGUGAGUUGACAUUCAAUGCUGCUACACUUAUUGCGGCUGCAUGUUGCAUCCCUGCCAUUUUGUCGUUGGUAUCGAUGUGGAUCAAAAUUUUGGACGAGAAGUUCUUAAAGGGAAAGUACAAACAGAAGCCGGAUGAACUCAUUGAGGGAACCAAUGGAGCUACCGUCAGCCACAUGACUGAUAUUACCAAAGUUAUAAAAAAAUGGUUAACUAUCCUCGGGUUACCGUUGUUUGCUGCAGCCGUGCUGGCAAUUCUCGUCAAAGGCGAGAUGAACUUUUGGAGUUUCCAAAUGAGGUACCAAACAGAGCCUAUACAAAGCAUUGGUCAAUGGGCGCCAGUUGUUGGUACUGCACUCGCUGUAUUGGGAUCACUGUAUCUCAUUUUCUCAGCGGAUAUAGAUGCCGUGGAUACUGAAGACGGACAACAAGAAGAGGGUACGGUGGAAAAAUGCCCGCAUUGCGACUGUGCUGUUUCAAACACCGGAAGCAGUUCCCGGCGAGGCUCUAGAACAAGUGACACCAAUACCGAGAUGGCGCCCAUACGCCGCCCUACCACCAAUACGCUACCAGACCUGGGAAGACGGGAGGUCGCCCGCAUCAUGAGUAAAGCAAGCGCUCUUCUUGCCGACAAAGCCCAUAAGCAAAUCGAGAAAGGGGGAUUUAAACGCAACGCGAAAACAACUUACCCCUUAACUCCAGGAGAAGAGUACAAAAACUCAAAACUCACCGAUCAGAUGGCCCAAUACCAAAGGUCAUCGACACCGGAUAACCGAUCAAGGGCUGCAAGUUUCAUAAGCACCACUGGUUCUGUGGAUAAUGGGGAAGGUAGCUCGAGGGCUAGGAGUCCAGCACGGCAUUCAGUGCCUGCCCGCGCUGUCUCGCGGCCGAUAACUGGUAACGGUCACUCAAACUCGCUCCCAAAUGGGGGAGUGCCUAGGGCAUCAACUUUGCAGUGUCCUCCUGCGGCAGUGUUUGGGGGAUGGCAAGGACAGUCGGAGUUUAACCCCGGCAACACCGGAUAUCCACCCGAUCUACCCCCGCCCGACACAACCCCAGAAACAGUCACACCCCGCGGGCGGCCUUCCAAGCGGCGUCGUGUAGCCAUUGCCUGCGACGCAUGUCGAACCCGCAAAUCCCGAUGUGACGGCAAGCGGCCCAGCUGCUCGCUAUGUCAGGAUUUGGGGUUUGAAUGUGUUUACACGCCGCCCCCAACGGCCGCUAAUGUUAUCGUGCAGAAAGACUAUCUGCACGGACUUGAAGAUAGAGUAAAGAGGCUUGAGGAGUCGCUUGGGGCUGUGAGGGGUGAUUUAGAUGCGUUGGCGAAAAAGGUUGAUCAUGGGCCCGAAGGAGAUAGGGACAGGCAGUCUGCUAUUUCCGGUCGAAAUGCUGGGGAGAGUCAGGAUGAGACGAGAAUUGCCGCACCGAUGCCUGGCUUGAUUGGGACAGAGGAUUCGGUCGAUGGUAUGGGUGCGGUGAUUUUUGCUGAUGAGGAGGAUUCCGGGUUCUUUGGCCCUUCUUCAAAUAUUGCAUUCCUUCGACAUUUGUCGAGCGCUAUUGUUCAACCGGGGUAUUUCCCUUCACCUGGCGCUGCUGAGGGUGGCUUCGUGAAUGCAUCGAGACCAUCAUCGCCACUACGCCAGACAGGUCAUGACCGGCGCAUGCAAGUAAAUAUUUUUGCUUUGCCGCUGCAGGCAAACACCCUGGAGCUUAUCGAGCGCUACUUCUCUAAUACGGGUUUGCUGUUUCCUUACAUAUACCCACCUGUCUUCCUGGACACAUAUCACCAGAUGGCACGGGAGAACUUCAGUCGGGUACGGAGAACCUGGCUUGGUUUGUUGAAUAUGGUGUUGGCUAUGGCUACUAUCACUGCCAUUCCUGGAAGUGCGAGUGCAGAUGCUCGGAUCGAAGAAUCAGAUGUCUUCUAUCAGCGUGGCCUUGGCUUGUGUGGGAGUGAAAUUAUGCGAGGGACAACGCUAGAAGUGGUUCAAUAUUUGCUCCUCAUGGGCCAGUACCUCCAAGGAACGCAGAAGUCAAUACAAGCAUGGACCGUCCAUGGAUUAGCCGUCAAAGCCGCUCUUCAGCUUGGAUUACAUUCACGGCAUGCAUCUAAAGUAUUUUCUCCAAUCGAGCAGGAGAUGCGAAAGAGAACUUGGUACGGCUGUGUGGUUUUAGACCGGACCCUGAGCAUGACUUUUGGCAGACCGGCGGCAAUUCCAGAUAGCUAUGUCAAGCUCGAGCUGCCCGCAAAACGGGAAUUCGAAAAUUCAACAGGACUUGUGGAUGACGAGACAGCGGCCUUGAGCGUCGCAUUCUUCAACUCGACAAUUGGACUCUAUAAACAGCUCUGGAAUAUCCUAGAGCUUCUUUAUGGCCAGAACAUCGGCUGCGAUGGUUCAUUACCAGUCGGCGAAACCGUAGCCCACAUCUUCAACUUGGAACAGCAGUUGUUCUCCUGGGAACGGUCGCUUGCCCAUCCAUUACAACUUAUAUCGUCGGCUAGCAUUGGGAAUUUGCCUUACGAGCAGAUGUCGUCUAAUUCCCAAUAUCUCUCGUUAAAGUUUCAAGUCAUUCUGACCUUGAGAUAUCUUAAUCUUCGAGUUUUGCUCCAUCGCCCAAUACUGGUCAAAUUCAUCACCGCAAGCAGGUCCACUGAUCGCGAUCCUCAAGAUAUGAGAUUAUUGCAGCAGAUAGGGAUGAAUAGCUUGCAAAUAUGCGCGGAUUCCGCGAUGGAGAUCAUUGAUAUCGUACAUCGCGUGGUGUCAGAACCUGGAUGGAAGCGCAGCCUCUUGGGAGCUUGGUGGUUCUCAUUAUAUUACACUUUUAACGCGGCGCUGGUCCUCAUCGGAGUGUAUUGGGUCUACCGUGAUACCAGCCUAACAAGUUCCCCGAUGACAGACCAAGCAAGCAAAGCCAGACAAUAUCCCGGCCGUGCAGUAGCAGCACUUUCUAGGCUCGAUGAAGGAAACCGGUUGAUUGAUCGAUGUCGGUAUUACUUGGAACAAUUUAGCAAGGUCUUGGACGAUCCUGAAACGAACUUCGAUGCCUCGACCACUAUCCUUCCUGCCCUCCAUGUUACUCGGUCAGGCCUUACAGGGGACGACUUUAGUCUCUCGCCAUUUGGUAUGGAGAUUGGCGAGUUCAUGAUGGAUGGGGAUCUUGUCGCGAUGAUGGAUCGUCAGGGACUUCUUCCCGCAGAUCCCAAUUCGACCUUUACAGCUUGA